CUACGAUUGCUAUAAUGGACGACUCUACUCAACACCAUAUUGAAACUGAUUCGGUUGAUAUCCAUCAAAAACUAGAAUUUGAAGAAACAACCUCUUUAUCUAAUGCUUCAUCAGAACCUGUACAUAUUCCACUAGUAGAAACAGCAGAAUCAACCAAAGAUGCUGAAUCCAAAGCAUCUGAUACAAUACAUAGUGAUGAGCUCGAAACUCAACCACAAGAAACUAUACAGUCCAGUUCAGUGCAGGAAUCUCACUCACAAGCAUUAGAGGAUGAUGAAUUUGGAGACUUUGAAGAGUCGUCCGUUGCCAUCACUCAUGCAUCCGAGCCACUUUUCAAAGACACCAAACUUGAACAUGAUACGAGUGUUGUUCAGGACGAGACUGAUGAUGACGGGUUUGGAGACUUUGAUGAUUUUUCCAAUGCUCCAUCAUCUCAGCCUAUAUCUAUACCAACUACUACAUCAGUCAAGGCUCCAUUCACGCAUAUAUCCCCACUGGACCAAUUUGCUGCUGCAUCUCAAGACUUGGCUGCUGAAACUCGUAUUUCUGAUAUCCUGAAAUCGAAUGGCUUUUCAAGUAGUUCCAUUGAUGCCGAAUUAAAUUAUACUCUCAAAUUGAUCCAACAUGCAUGGGGGAGUGAUGAUUUAACUUCAUAUACGGCAUCAUUAUCUACUACCAUAUCUAGUCUAAUGGUUGCAGAUAUUGACAACAAAAGUUUAAAACCUAAUGUGUGCUACCAAGAUCAAGACUGGGUGAAACUAUGGGGCUUGUUAACAUCAGAUCCAACUAAUCCAUCCACUACUAUGGAACCAUUUCGAUGGAGAAAGUCGCAUAUUCGUAAACAGUUUUUGGAGUUUUUUACCCAAGGGCCUCAACACUGUGCAACUAAUCUAUCUACCACUGAAUCCGAGUCUGCUCACACUAUAAACAAUUUACUGGGUAGCACUAAUGGGCUACAGAGUGGUGAUGCAAAUCAACCUUCUACAAGUGUCGAUGAAGGCGGUACAACUGGGACAAUGGGUUCUACAUCAGCUAUUUCCACCACCGCGAAUUCAGCUAAUUUAGGUACUAAUAUGACUAGUGGAUUUGCUCAUCCACCUCCUGGUGUAUAUCACCAAUUGGAUCCUCGUGAGGCUGAUCUUUUAGAAGCCAAACGAUUAUGUGACAUUACAGAAGAGGAAAUGCGACAUCACAGUACAGGUGAGAUACGCGAUCUUAUCAAGUCACUUAUGGAUCAUCAUCUCAAGAUGCAAGAACAGGCCAACCAUUGGCUGGAUUCUAAAGAGCAACUGGUGAUGGAUGCUGAAAUGCACAACAAGAUGAUUGCUUCGUUGGUUCAAUAUGCUCAACAGCAACAAGUCACACCAAAAGGCGGAGCAGCAGCAACAGCUACCAAGAAAAAGAGCAGAUUUGGUCUAUCGCUUAAAUAAAUUUGGAUAGACUGUUUUUGCCAUGUCUAUGCUCAAACC